AUGGGAAUCUGUAACUCGGUUUUUACUUCGGACACAAAGCGCAAGGAGCUAGAUGAAAACAAUUUAGUUGAAACACAUAAGAAAAGAAACGAAAUGAGACUGAAGCAAACGGCUAACACGCCAAAAGUCUCCACAAGCGUGGAAAUAAUGGACAUCGAGUCUUCGGAUGGUUCGGUGUCAAGUUCGACGUCAACUUCAACUUUUUCAGAAACCGGGAGUGACGUUUGCUUGCCACAAGAAGAGCUGGAGGCUUUGGUAAUUUGCGGAAAGGCAUGGCAGCCAACGCAAGAGGCCGGGGAGGUUUGUGUCCGUAAAGUAGAGGGACUAAAGUCUCGAACAAAAAAAUUCUUUGUACGUUCGAAGAAAGAUCGCCAGUUGCAGAUGAAGAAAAAGAGUGAAAUAAAUUUGGCUUCCACGGGAGUCAGGUCUGUUCCGUCUGCAAAUGUUUCCAGUUUCGGGUACUCUGGGCCCCCACCACGCCCUUCUCCCUGGAAGGAAGUGUAUUUAACAAUGAUCAAAGCUAACGAGCAAAUUGCUGAAGAAAGCCUGAGGAAGAACGAGCAAGUGAACCAAAUUAAAGAAAGGGUAGUGAACACGAAACAAAUUAGCGGUUCAAGAAAACAGCUCGCAAAGACGAUUAAUAGGCAGCGCUGUAAUGCUCCCGAAGAGCGGGUAACAGAAAGCGAACCGGACAAUGCUGGAUUCCUUGGCGAUGAACUGACAUCUGGUAGUUUGAACCCAGCCAGUACAAGGUCCUCUCCAACAGCUUCACGCGGUACAUUCAUAACGUCGGAAGACGGUGCUGAAGAAUCUUUUUCGAGUGCCGACUUUUACUACAAUGGAAAUAUCGAAUCACCAGAUAAUGCACGAGUCAACGGUGAUAUAAUCCUCAGAAAAUUGGACAGCGCCAAAAAAGUCGCAAAGGGGAAGUCGCAUCGAUCGAUUCGAAGAAAACGAAACAAGGUUUCUCCUCAGUAA